CAAGGUGAUUAACUUCUAAUUUCAAUUUCAAAAAAAAAAAUUUUAAAGAUUUUUUAUAAUAAAUAAUUAAUUACCAUUACUUAUUCCAAAAUUGCUAUUAAUUAUUCACAACAUGAGCAAAGCAUUCACUUGAGAUCGAAAAAUAUUUUCUUAUGGCAAAAACAAAAAAUAUGGGAACUGGAAAGUUGGUUUGCAUUUGUCAAAUAUGUACUUGUGGGCGCCAUCAUUGCAUUCAUCGCACAAAUAGUGAAAUAAAGGUAAAUGGCCCAUGUGCUUUAACUGAAUAUAGAGAUACCUUUCGUAAAUUUUCUGGUUACCAACCUGAAGCUCCUUUUAAGCCUAUUAAUGCAACUAGUCUAAGUGAUCAACCAUUUGACGGUGUUAGUACAUAUUCCAAAGAAUAUAUCCCUCAUGCUAUUGUUCCUCGAUUAAAGAAAGAGCCUGCAAAGUUUGUUAAAAUUCCUGGAAACUUUGAAGGGUUAUCAAGUUAUAAGCAGGAUUAUUUUGAAAAAUUUCCAGAAAAAGUUAUGUCAUCUAAGCCACAAUAUAAUUAUAUCUCUCAUAAUGAACCAUUUAAUGAUACUACAGUAAAUAAAGAAACAUACAAAGCAUGGGAUCUUCAAACAAAUACUGCAUUUAGACCUUUGGAGUCUAUUAAAUUUUCAACAAGUAAAUUUAAUCACAAAACCACGUUUCAACAUGACUUUCCUAGUCAUCUUGCGCAUCUUGGAAGAGAUCCAUUAAAAAUUCCUGAAUCUGCUUUAUCUUUGCCAACUGGAAAAUUUGCAAACGAAACAACUUCAAAAGUAGAUUACUCUCCAAAAGAUGUUCGACCUGAAAAAUCAGCAAAACCACCACAACAUGUAACUCAAUGCAAAGAACCAUUCGAUCAUCAAACAACAACACAACAUAGUUUCAAAUGGUUAGAUGGCAAGCCUGCUCUUACUUGUAGACCUAAUCAAAUGACCGUAAUGUCAAGAGAUCCUCUUGACACAGAAACAACAAAUAAUACAACAUACAAGCCAUGGAGUAUUCAAAAAAGAAAGAAAUGGAUGCCACAAGUUGGAUGGACUGCCUCAUCUGUUCCAUUUAACCAUGAAACUACCUUUCAACAUGAUUACACAAAAAAGCAUAUUGAUCCUACUAAAAGUGCUCGCCCUAAUUAUGUUCGAUUGCAGCCUGGCAGCUUUGAUGGUUUGACUACUCAUAAAGAUGCUUUUAAGCCGUGGGCAAUUAAUCCAAGAGAAAGUAUGCGACCAGCAGAAGGUUACAAAGGACCGUCUGGAAACUUUGAUGGUCGCACAACUUUUCAAACUGAUUUCACAGGUUUUAAAACAGAUCGUCAAAAUCUAGUUCUGCCUAAACCAGAUAAUAUUUCAUUUACUGGUCCACAAGAAUUUUCUACUGUUUAUAAAGAUACUUUCAGAGGAGAAACACUUUCUCCUUGCCCUGCAAAGUAUUUAGAAGCAAAUAUAAACAAACCUUCGGUCAAUGGAUAUAUAUAUACUUCAGAAAGAAAUGGACAUCAAUAUUUUAAAGUUCCAGAUAGAAGUAUAUCUACACCAGAUAUAUCUAUGCAGAAACAAAUAGAAAUUGUGACAUUUUAAUAAAAAAAUGGAAAAGUUCUAGAUUUUAUUUUAAAAAUUUUUUUAGAUUCUUGUAGACUUGUAUUCUAAUAUAG